AUGGGACAAAGCAUAUCAAAAGAGGUACUCAAAGAAGAGAUUGAGAAACUUAAUAUAUGCUUUCUAUCUCAACAUCAAUUAGAUUUACAUAUUAAUAAUAUAGCUACUGCUUGUUCACAAAAAGGAUCGGUUGAACAAUACUAUAAACUAUUAUCAAAGAAAAAGGAUAAUCAUUAUAUUGAUCAAUUAGUACAACUAUUAGAAAAGUCAGUACUAUUAUCAAAACAACAACAACCACAACAACAACAACCAUUGACUUUAAAGAGUGAACAAGUUGAAAAGAAUAUAAAGAAAGAGGAAUCAGAUGAUGAUGAUGAUAUAGAUACAAAAAAGAAAAAGAAUACAUUGAAUCAAAAAUAUGAAAUCAAUACAAAGGAAUCUGCUGCAUUUGAAGGUGAUGAAAUACUUGUUCAAUUAUUACAAAAGGAUUGUUCAAAUCAAUCAUUUGAUCCAAUUAUAUUUGAAAGAGUAUUUGUACAACAAUCAGUUAAUCAACAAUAUAAACCACAACCAAAUGAAUAUCUAACAAGUUGGGAAUACUUUGAUGAAUUAAAUUCAACUCCCAUCUUUUAUCAUAUCAAUCCAUUGUAUAAUAUGAUUAAUGCCGAUAAUUAUAGAGUACAAGAAAAGAAAUUAAAAGGUUAUCAUCAUGAUGAAAAAAUUUCUCGAGAAUUUAUAAAUUUAAUAUUACAAUCAUUUUCAACAUAUAUUAGUCCAUUACCAAAUUCAAUACAUUUUCAUGAUUCAAGUAUACCACCAUCAAUUGAUUAUUCAGCACCGAAUCUAUUAAAACUUCAUCCAAAUAUAUUACCAAUCCUCGAAGUGAUAGAGAGUGAGGAGAACUUUUUCCUACUUUACAAAAAGUAUAGUUAUACAUUGGAUGGAUUAUUAAGAUAUAGUAGUCAAUUCCUACAGAAAAAUAGUAAAAUAUCUGCAUUUAUUUUAUAUCAAUUGGUACAACUUAUUGGACAUCUUCAUGAAAAGGAAAUGGUUCAUGGCAAUCUAACACCAUCUAGUGUCUAUUUGAACGACAAGAUGUGGUUGGGUCUACACGGAUUCUCAUUUCCAAAUCAAUCCAUUCCCUAUUCACCAAGUGACCAGAAUGCAUUUGAUGGUGCAGUGACUCGUUGGAUCAAUGGUGAGAUAUCCAAUUACAACUAUCUCAUGCUACUCAACCAUUUGGCACAUCGUAGAAUUGGUGAUCACAUGAAUCACCCCGUUUUACCUUGGGUCAUUGAUUUCACCAAACAUCCACAACAAUCAUUUUCGUGUUGGAGAGAUUUGACCAAAACAAAGUAUCGUCUCAACAAGGGUGACGAGCAAUUGGAUUUCCAGUACAACAAUAUGAAUAUGGAUGGACGUCCUCACCACAUAUCAGACAUUCUUAGUGAAUUGACCUAUUAUAGUUAUAUGGCCAGACGUACUCCUAUCCCCCUCCUUCGCCGAUUCGUUCGUGCCAACUAUGAACCACAGGAAUACCCAUCGACUAUGGAACGACUCUAUCGUUGGACUCCCGACGAGUGUAUCCCCGAGUUUUUCACAGACCCAACCAUAUUUGAUUCGAUCCAUGCAGACAUGCCAGACUUGGCCAUUCCAGACUGGGCACUAUCAAGAGAAGAGUUUAUAAAGAUACACAUGGCUGCUCUAGAGAGUGACCAAGUUGGUAAAAAUCUACAUUCUUGGAUCGACUUGACAUUUGGCUAUCUCUUGUCGGGUGACGAAGCCAUCCGUGCUAAAAAUGUUGCUCUUGUCGAUACUACAGUCCCCCGUACAAGUGGUAUCGUUCAACUAUUUACAGUCCCUCAUCCUCAAAAAUUACCAAAACAUCAUAACCUAGAACAAUCAUUUACAGAACCAAUUUUAAAAUUUAAAGAUCCUAUUUCAAGUAUUACUACAAGUUCUUCUUCUGUUGGUAACAGUAGUACAAAACAAGAGACUGAUCAAUUAUCAAGUUCUGGUAAUAUUAUAAAUCUAAGUGGUGUAGUUUCUACAAAUACAAGUGGAAAUACAAGUGGUGGUGGACAAAAUUCUACCAGUACAACAUUAUCUCCACCACAAAAUUCUAGUAGCAACAACAAUACAAUCAAUAAUAAUUCAUCAUUUACAUCUAUUGGAGGUGGUAAUAGUAGUUUUUCAGCUACUUCUGGUUCAAUUGGUGGUGGAACUCAAAGAGGAGGUAAUGUUGUUUCAACCAACACAAAAUUACCAACAAAAAGAGAAGAUUCAAACAAAUCAUUUUCAAAAUAUUUACCAAAUAUAUUUCAAAAUAAUCAAAAUAAUAAUCAAAAUCUAAGUUCAAGUGAUCCACUUUAUAAUAGUAAUAUUAUAAAUGAUUAUCAACAACAACCACCACCACCAACAUCUAAAAGUAGUAAUUCAGUUCAACAUGGUCGUGAUGAAAGAAGAUAUAGUAGUAUCAUAUCAACCUUGACAUCAUUUACUACUGCCAAAACACCAACAAAAUCAUCAAGUGAAGAUGUUUUAUCUCCUCCAACAUCUCCAAUGAAUAGUUCAGAGAUCAAUCAACAACAACAACAACAACAACAAAAUACAUCUUCUUUGCCUCAAAGAUCAAUGACACCACCAACAGUUGGUAAUGAACCAGUUCAUAUUAUUGAACCAUUACCAGCAGAUAUUGAAUUUAAUCUAUACGACUAUGAAAACAAAUAUCAUCAACAACAACAAGAAAAAUUGGGACUUCAAAGUAGUUUUAAUAAUUGGGAAUCAGUUUUACGUGAUCAAUCUCAAUUAAAUCAUAACAAUUCAAAUGAUAUAUUUGUUGAACAACUUUGUAAAUGUGAAAAUACUCAAACUUUUAUUCAUUCUUUUCAAAAUCUUUCCCCAAUUUAUAAACCAAUGGAAUUUAAUAAAACAAAUAUUAAAUUACCAGAGAUUUUAAAUUAUUUAACAAAGAGAGAGACAAAAAUGUUGGAAAUAUUAAAAUCUGCAGAUAUGUUUGCGAUUGGAUGUAUAAUAGCAGAAUUACAUCAAGGUUACCCAUUAUUUACACCAUUGACAAUUGAAAAUCAUUUCAACCAAUACUAUCAACAACAAUCACAACAAAUGGGACAACAACAAAAGACACGUAAUAGACAUCAACAAUCUGUUAGUUUUAAUCUACCAACCCCCAUUAGAGAAUUGGUCGAUCGAUUGGUCAUACCCGAUCCAAAUGAGAGAAUAUCACCAAAGGAGAUUCUUUCAUCUCCCAUGUUCCCAUCAUACUUUAAACAAAUGUAUCAUUUCCUCUGUCACUAUCAUUCAUUUAAUACACCAGAGGAAAAGCUUACAUUUACUCUGGCCAACAUUGGUAUUGUGACUAGUCUACCAAAUGAAGCAAUGGAUAUUAUUCUUCCAUUCAUUCUAGAACUAUUCAAUCAUCCCAACACCAAAGUGUCGGCACUUGUCGAUUUAUUGGAUCCACUCUCACAACGACUCGGUCCUCUCUUAUCACAAACCUAUCUACUUCCAAGUCUCAUCCAUUUACACCAACUACACGAUGACCAUCUUGUCCAAAGUCAUCUAAUCCAGAUUCCACUCAUCGAUAUGAUAAUAUCUCGGUUUGGUCGUGAUAUUUACAUUCAUCACAUUCUACCAUUCCUAUUGGAGAGUAUUCGUACCAAUCCAAGAGAGAAUCCAAAUCACGAGAUAUUAGUCACUGCUCUGAUCAAAUUGACCAAGGUUCUAGGUGUUCCACUGACCAUUCGUCACAUCAUGUACCCUCUAUUGGUAGCUCUUACCAAACCACAUCUUCAACACAUUAGCGAACCACUCAUUGCUAUUGCCUCUAGCCUUGGUGAGUCAAUCAUCAUCAAAUUCUAUUUCCCUGCCAUCUUUACACUCAUUCAAAAACAUUCGAGCAAGGCAACUAGAUCCGAAUCUAUACCUUGUACUCUUCUUUCACUUUUACAAGAAUUAAUCCUUCUUGUCAAACCUGGCCUUGUCCUUAGAUCACUUCUCAAAGAAUCUACUCAAUUGGCUAGUCUCCUAUUAAAUCCUCCAAACCCCUCAUUAUUAAUCCCUCUAUCUCAAACUAUUUUAAGAAUUUCAAGAAGAAUUGGUAUAUUAAAAUACCUACAACAAUUUUUUUCAAAUUAUUCAGAUUUAUAUAAAUUUUCAGAUGAUGGAUCAGAAGAUAAUGAUUCAAACAAACAAUUAAAGGCGAUUUAUUCACCAGAGAUGACCUAUUAUCUCUAUUAUAAAUUAUCUAGAAUCAUUGGAAUGGAAAUUAUGCGUUCUGAAAUAUCAGACAAUGCUCUAGUAGAACAUAUCAUGAUGAAAUAUAUUCACAGAAACAAUUUGAAACCAGAUCCACCUCCAACCACCUCUAUUCCACCAUAUGUAUCAGAUGAAGGUUUAUUUGAAGAUAUUGAACCAACUUUGGAUGAAAAAAUUAGUUCAACCUAUACUUUGGAUGAUUAUCAAGAAUUUGAUGAUUUAAUUACCGAACAAACAAUUACAUUGGAUGGAAAUGUAGUAGCACAAUUUAAAGAACAUACAGCAGCAAUUAGAUCAUUGGCAGUUUUCCCAUCUGAAUCUAUAUUUGCAACUGGUAGUAAAGAUAACCUUGUAAAGAUUUGGUCUUUAGAUUCUUCAAGAUCACUUUGUACUUAUAAUCAACAUAUUCAUACUACUCAUUCUGUUUAUUUUGUUUCAAAUUUGGUUGCUUCUUGUGAUAGUACUUCAAUUCAUAUUUGGGAUGCAGAAAGUAAAAUUAGAGUUAAUUUAUUUGUUGAUCCAGCAGGUAAUUUUUCAUGUUUUGAACCGAUAACCAAUAAGUUUUUGGUUGCACCAAGUUCAGAAAAUACUCUUAGCUUUUUAGAUUUAAAUGUAGGAUUGGAAACACAUUCUUGGGUUUUACCAUAUACAAGUAUUCGUUGUAUCACCACAUCCAAUGAUCAUUUUAUUCCAUCAGAUUCACACUCACUCUUGUCCAACCCACCAAUGGUCUAUCCAAGUUGGAUUGCAGCUGGGAGUCAAAGUGGUGUGAUUACCAUAUUGGACACUCGUACUGGAGCCAUUUUAGACUCUUGGAAGACUGGAGAUGGACCUGUCAUCAAGUUGAUUGGACAAGGAGAACGUUAUCUCAUUUCAUGCUCUGAAAAGUCUGUCAUUCAAUGGGAUCUUUCAACAUCUCCACCUUCCAUCACCAAGCUGUGGAAGGGUUUCAAAGAUUCUGUAAAUUCGGUCACCUUGUGGAAGAAUGACAUUGUAGCUGCUGCAGGACACAAAUUAAAUUCAAUGUCUCUUACAGAUGAUCUUACAAUGAGCAUGGGUGGAUACUCUGUUGUAAAUACUUUCAAAAGUGAGGGUAUUAAAUUAAAUACUCCAAAACAAUCAACCAUAUCAAAUAUUUCCUUUUUACCCUUACAUCAUCUUUUAUUGGCUGGUUCAGAUGAUGGUACAAUUAAAUUAUUAUUGUAA